AUGAUAACGUAUUUUGAACCUUCCAUCUCAUUCGAGGGACUGUGCAAUGAAGUUCGAGACAUGUGCUCCUUUGACAACGAACAGCUUUUCACCAUGAAGUGGAUUGAUGAAGAAGGAGAUCCAUGUACAGUUUCUUCCCAGCUGGAGUUAGAAGAGGCCUUUCGGUUGUACGAACUAAACAAGGAUUCAGAGCUGCUUAUUCACGUAUUUCCUUGUGUACCAGAACGGCCUGGCAUGCCUUGUCCAGGAGAAGAUAAAUCCAUUUAUCGCCGAGGCGCCCGCCGGUGGCGAAAACUCUAUUGUGCAAAUGGUCACACUUUCCAAGCCAAACGAUUUAACAGGAGAGCUCAUUGUGCCAUCUGCACUGACCGAAUAUGGGGCCUGGGUCGCCAGGGAUAUAAAUGCAUCAAUUGCAAACUCCUUGUUCACAAGAAGUGUCACAAACUCGUCAGUAUUGAAUGUGGUCGUCAUACACUACAACCAGAACCAAUAAUGUCUAUGGAUCCAUCGUCAGUGCAUCCAGAUAAUGUAGAAUCAGUGAUUCCGUAUAAUCCCUCAAGUCAUGAGAGCUUGGACCAUGUUGGUGAAGAAAAGGAGGCAAUGAGCAUCAGAGAAAGUGGCAAAGCUUCCUCCAGUCUGGGUCUUCAGGAUUUCGAUUUGCUCCGAGUUAUAGGAAGAGGCAGUUAUGCUAAAGUACUGCUUGUUCGAUUGAAGAAAACUGAACGCAUUUAUGCAAUGAAAGUCGUGAAGAAAGAGCUCGUCAAUGAUGAUGAGGAUAUUGAUUGGGUUCAGACAGAGAAACACGUCUUUGAACAGGCUUCAAAUCAUCCCUUUCUUGUUGGACUACACUCUUGCUUCCAGACAGAAAGCAGGUUAUUCUUUGUUAUAGAAUAUGUAAAUGGAGGAGAUCUCAUGUUUCAUAUGCAGAGACAGAGAAAGCUGCCAGAGGAGCAUGCCAGGUUUUAUUCUGCUGAAAUCAGUCUAGCGUUGAACUAUUUACACGAACGAGGGAUAAUCUACAGAGAUUUGAAACUGGAUAAUGUGCUACUAGAUUCUGAAGGGCAUAUUAAACUCACAGAUUAUGGCAUGUGCAAGGAGGGUCUGAGGCCUGGUGACACAACCAGCACGUUCUGUGGGACUCCAAACUAUAUUGCACCUGAAAUUCUCCGGGGAGAGGAUUAUG